CUCUGCUCUGCUCUGCUCCUGGGCAGUUCUGGUUGGUUUUCAAGGACAUUUGAAGUGUUUGCCAUAAACUCUGGGCCCAGGCAGGAAAGGGGGGGAGGCUGUUGAUUGUUGGAACACACACCUGUCCAGGUGCAGGGGAGCUGGAGGCUCUGUGAGAAGAGGGUCAGCUCAGCCACAGCAGGACUGACAGGACCUGAUGGAGGAACUGGUGGGGCUGCGCGAGGGCUCCUCAGGGGACCCUGUAACUCUGUGGGAGCUAUGGGGCCCAUGUCCCCGCAUCCGCCGAGGCAUCCGCGGAGGCCUGGCGUGGCUGAAGCAGAAGCUGUUCCGCCUGGGCGAGGACUGGUACUUCCUGCUGGCCCUCGGGGUGCUCAUGGCCAUGGUCAGCUACGCCAUGGACUUCGCUGUCAGGAGUGUGGUCCGAGCACACCAGUGGCUGUACCGGGAGAUUGGGGACGGUCACCUGCUCCGGUAUCUCUCCUGGACCGUGUACCCUGUGGCCCUCGUCUCUUUCUCCUCGGGCUUCUCCCAGAGCAUCACGCCCUCCUCUGGAGGUUCUGGAAUUCCAGAGCUGAAGACCAUCUUGUCGGGUGUGAUCCUGGAGGACUACCUGGAUAUUAAGAACUUUGGGGCCAAGGUGGUGGGCCUCUCCUGCACCCUGGCCUGUGGCAGCACUGUCUUCCUGGGCAAAGUGGGUCCCUUCGUGCACCUGUCUGUGAUGAUGGCGGCCUAUCUGGGCCGUGUGCGCACAGCGAUCAGCGGGGAGCCUGAGAACAAGAGCAAGCAAACCGAAAUGCUGGCGGCCGCGGCGGCAGUGGGCGUGGCCACAGUCUUCGCAGCUCCGUUCAGCGGCGUCCUGUUCAGCAUCGAGGUCAUGUCUUCCCACUUCUCUGUCUGGGAUUACUGGAGGGGCUUCUUUGCAGCCACCUGCGGGGCUUUCAUGUUCCGACUCCUGGCGGUCUUCAACAGCGAGCAGGAGACCAUCACCUCCCUCUUCAAGACCAGUUUUCGGGUGGAAGUCCCCUUCGACCUGCCAGAGAUCUUCUUUUUUGUGGCACUGGGGGGUAUCUGCGGCAUCGUGAGCUGCGCUUACCUCUUCUGCCAGCGAGUCUUCCUUGGUUUCAUCAAGAACAAUCGGUUCAGCUCCAAGCUCAUGGUCACUAGCAAGCCUGUGUACUCCGCCCUGGCCGCCCUGGUUCUCGCCUCCAUCACCUACCCGCCUGGCCUGGGCCGCUUCCUGGGUUCUCGGCUGUCCAUGCAGCAGCAUCUGGACUCACUGUUCGACAACCACUCCUGGGUGCUGAUGACCCGGAACUCCAGCCCACCCUGGCCUGAGGAGCUUGACCCCCAGCACCUGUGGUGGGAAUGGUACCACCCGAGGUUCACCAUCUUUGGGACCCUUGCCUUCUUCCUGGUUAUGAAGUUCUGGAUGCUGAUUCUGGCCACCACCAUCCCCAUGCCUGCCGGGUACUUCAUGCCCGUCUUUGUCUUCGGAGCUGCCAUCGGGCGCCUCUUUGGGGAGACUGUCUCUUUCAUUUUUCCUGAGGGCAUAGUGGCUGGAGGGGUCACCAAUCCCAUCAUGCCCGGGGGGUAUGCCCUGGCAGGGGCUGCAGCCUUCUCAGGGGCUGUGACCCACACCAUCUCCACGGCGCUGCUGGCCUUUGAGAUGACCGGCCAGAUAGUGCAUUCGUUGCCCGUGCUGAUGGCAGUGCUGGCAGCCAAUGCCAUUGCACAGAGCUGCCAGCCCUCUUUCUACGAUGGCACCAUCAUCGUCAAGAAGCUGCCAUACCUGCCACGGAUUCUGGGCCGCAAGAUCCGCUCCCACUGUGUGAGGGUGGAACACUUCAUGAACCACAGCGUCACCACGCUGGCCAAGGACAUGCCGCUGGAGGAGGUGGUCAAGGUCGUGACCUCCACAGACACAGCCGAGUAUCCCCUGGUGGAGAGCACAGAGUCCCAGAUCCUGGUGGGCAUCGUGCGAAGGCCCCAGCUGGUGCAGGCCCUCCAGGCUGAGCCUCUUUCCUGGGCUCCAGGAGAGCAGCGUCUCCAGGACAUCUUGGCUGGGGGCUGCCCCACGGAACCAGUGACCCUGAAGCUGUCCCCAGAGACCUCCCUGCAUGAGGCACACAACCUCUUUGAGCUGUUGAACCUUCAGUCCCUCUUUGUGACAUCGCGGGGCAGAGCUGUGGGCUGCGUGUCCUGGGUAGAGAUGAAGAAAGCAAUUUCCAACCUGACAAAUCCACCAGCCCCACAGUGAGCCGGCCCAGCAAGAUGCCCACAGCACCCCGGCCGCCCUGGUGCUGUGGUUGGGCCGAGACCCUGCUGUCUUCCCCCAUCACCACCCACACCUCCCUCCAGCCCAGCUCCAUUUCCUUGGCAUAAGAGGCAGCUCUAACCUAGCCCGGAAGAGGAUGGCUCAUCCUGGAAGAAACGAUGGCUCCUGAUUGAAAAGCACAUCCCACCUUGGACAGAGCUCAGAGCGUGAGAUGCCAGAAAACCAGUAUCUGGCAGGUGCUCAGUGACUGACUAUCACAUUAAUGAAUGACAAGGUUGGGGUAUGCUGUCACCAAGGGCAGGCACAGAUGCUCUCUGGGGUUGUCUGAUUCCCAGUGAGAGGCUCCUGAGAAAAAUAAAGCUGGUUCCCAGA